UUUGGCCUAAAAAAACCCUACCUAUGCCACGCCCUUCCUUUAUAUAACUCUUUUGCGGCCGGCCUUUCCUCUUGAUCCGUUUCCACCUUGAGCUUACACACUGAACAACUAAGAUGGGUGAAGAAGCCAAAGUAGUGAUCCCAGAGUCAGUAUUGAAGAAGCAGAGGAGGAAUGAGGAAUGGGCUCUUGUAAAGAAGCAGGAGCUUGAAGCUACCAAGAAAAAAAAUUCUGAGAACAGGAAGCUGAUCUUUAAUAGGGCUAAGCUUUAUGCAAAGGAGUAUGCAGAACAGGAAAAAGAGCUAAUUCAAUUGAAGCGUGAAGCCAAGUUGAAGGGAGGCUUCUAUGUUGACCCUGAAGCUAAGCUUCUGUUUAUAAUUCGCAUUCGUGGUAUCAAUGCCAUGCACCCUAAGACAAGAAAGAUCUUGCAGCUCUUGCGUUUGAGACAGAUAUUCAAUGGAGUUUUUCUUAAAGUGAACAAAGCAACAAUGAACAUGCUGCACAGGGUUGAACCUUACGUGACUUACGGAUACCCCAAUUUGAAGAGUGUUAGGGAAUUGAUUUACAAGAGGGGAUAUGGUAAGCUGAACAAGCAAAGGAUUGCAUUAACUGAUAACUCAAUUGUUGAGCAGGCUCUGGGCAAGUAUGGAAUCAUCUGCAUGGAGGAUCUGAUCCAUGAGAUUAUGACAGUUGGAUCCCACUUUAAGGAGGCUAAUAACUUCCUAUGGCCAUUCAAGCUGAAGGCACCUUUGGGUGGUUUGAAGAAGAAGAGGAACCACUAUGUCGAAGGAGGCGAUGCUGGUAACAGGGAGAAUUACAUCAAUGAGCUCAUCCGAAGAAUGAAUUAGCGUUUUUCAUGUCUUGCCAUUUAGGGUUAUUAAGGUGUUUGUUCUAGUGUCCUUUAGGUUCUUUAGCAACCAGAUUUUAAAUCUUAAUUUUUGAGUUUAAAAGACUCUGAUAAUCUUAUACUAAUUUUUAAAUGUGACUGUCUCUAUCUCACUCUUUAUACACCAAAAAACAUACCCUAGAUAAUUUUAUAAAUAAUUGAAAGAUGAAGAGCUCUCUUUAAGCUCGAGUGAGAGUUGAGAUUUGUGCUUCCUAGAGGAGCUGUAUGGAAGUCACAACUUGAAACUAAAACUUGUAAUAUGUUAGGAAUUUGAUAUUUAGUAUUUAUCCAUUAAGUUCAAGUUUAAUAACAUUCAUAGUUUAUAUAGUA